AUGGUCUAGGAAAACUGGACAUCUAUCACAGUGUUUUUCUUCAUGGUAUUUUCCCAUUACCCCAAAGUUGAGGUCAUUUUAUUUGUGACGUGUCUACUGGUGUAGCUGACUACGUUGCUGGGCAAUACUAUUUUGAUCUCAAUCACCAUCCUAGAUUAUUAUCUGCACACCCCCAUGUACUUCUUCCUCAGAAAUCUCUCCUUUCUGGACAUGUGGUAUACCUCUUCUGCUUUUACUCCAAUGCUAGCAAACUUUGUUUCAGGAAAAAACACAAUCUCAUUCUCAGGAUGUGCUUCUCAGAUGUACUUCUCUCUUGCCAUGGGCUCUACUGAGUGUGUGCUCCUCUCUGUGAUGGCCUAUGACCAGUAUGUGGCCAUCUGCAACCCCCUCAGGUACCCGCUUAUCAUGAACAGAAGGGUUGUGCAGAUUGCUGCCAGAUCCUGACUUGUGGGCUGUCUCACUGCUCUUGUGGAAUCCGUGCCUGUGCAUCAGCUGUCUCUCUGUGGUAAUAACACCAUCAAUCAUUUCACCUGUGAAAUUCUGGUACUCUUGAAAAUGGCUUGUGUAGACACUUCUAGGGUGGAGAUAAUCAUGCUGGUGAUCAGCAUACUUCUCCUUCCCAUGCCAAUGCUGCUCAUUUCUCUCUCUUGUGUAUUCAUCCUCUCCAAUAUCCUGAGUAUUAGCUCAGUGGAUGGUCAAAGCAAAGCCUUUUCAACCUGUGCAGCCCACCUGACUGUGGUGGUUCUGUUCUAUGGGACAGCUCUCUACAUGUACCUGAAGCCCUCAGCUAUAAAUUCUCAGGAAAUAGACAAAUCUAUGGCUUUGGUAUAUACUGGAUUAACACCAAUGUUAAAACCUAUCACCUAUAGUCUAUGGAAUAAAGAAGUAAAAAUGGCUGUGAAAAAAUGCUGUCCUAAUUUCCAUCUUUAA